AUGAGAUUGCUCCUGUACUACUUGACACUACUGGGGUCCAGUUUUGUGAUUUCAACUUAUGGACCCCAUCAGAGAGCACAGAUGACAGGUGAUAUUUUGCUUGGAGGUCUUUUCCCCAUACACUUUGGUGUUGCAUCCAAAGAUCAAGACCUGGCAGCCCGGCCAGAAUCUACAAAGUGUGUUAGAUUCAACUUUCGUGGUUUCCGUUGGCUCCAGGCUAUGAUUUUUGCAAUUGAUGAAAUUAACAACAGCAGCACACUUCUGCCCAACAUCACCCUGGGCUACAGGAUAUUUGACACAUGCAACACUGUCUCAAAAGCCUUGGAAGCUACCCUUAGUUUUGUGGCUCAAAACAAGAUUGACUCCCUGAAUUUAGACGAGUUUUGUAACUGCACCGAUCACAUCCCAUCAACCAUUGCAGUUGUAGGAGCUGCUGGGUCUACAGUCUCAACAGCAGUUGCAAACCUACUGGGUCUUUUUUACAUUCCUCAGAUCAGCUAUGCCUCUUCUAGUCGCCUCCUGAGCAACAAGAAUCAAUACAAGUCCUUCAUGAGAACCAUCCCUACAGAUGAAUACCAGGCCACGGCCAUGGCAGACAUCAUUGAGUACUUUCAGUGGAACUGGGUCAUUGCUGUUGCCUCAGAUGAUGACUACGGGCGGCCAGGAAUUGAAAAGUUUGAGAAGGAGAUGGAAGAGCGAGAUAUCUGCAUUCACCUGAAUGAACUUAUUUCCCAGUACUUUGAGGAUAAUGAAAUUAAAUCUCUGGUUGACAGGAUUGAGAACUCCACAGCUAAAGUCAUUGUUGUCUUCGCCAGUGGACCAGACAUUGAGCCUCUAAUCAAAGAGAUGGUCAGGAGAAACAUCACAGACCGCACCUGGCUAGCUAGUGAAGCAUGGGCAAGCUCCUCACUUAUUGCUAAACCAGAAUAUCUAGAUGUUGUGGCAGGGACUAUUGGUUUUGUUUUGAAGGCAGGACAUAUACCUGGCUUUAGAGAGUUCUUAGAGCAUGUUCACCCCAAAAAAGACAGUCACAAUGAAUUUGUCAGAGAGUUUUGGGAAGAAACAUUCAACUGUUAUCUGAAAGACAGCCCAAGACUCCAAGAAAGUGAGAAUGGCAGCACUAGCGUCAGACCUUUGUGUACUGGUGAUGAAGACAUCACAAGUGUUGAGACUCCAUACCUGGACUAUACACACCUUCGUAUCUCCUAUAAUGCUUAUGUUGCUGUUUAUUCAAUUGCACAUGCCCUGCAGGACAUACUCACCUGCACACCUGGUCGUGGACUUUUUGCUAACAAUUCAUGUGCAGAUAUAAGGAAAAUGGAAGCAUGGCAGGUGUUGAAGCAGCUCAGACAUCUGAACUACACCAACAGUAUGGGCGAAAAUAUACACUUUGAUGAAAAUGCAGACAUGGCAGCAAACUACACCAUUAUAAAUUGGCACAGGUCAAGUGAGGAUGGCUCUGUGGUGUUUGAGGAGGUUGGAUACUACAACAUGCAUGUAAAGAGAGGAGCAACACUGUUCAUUGACAAAACAAAGAUUCUUUGGAACGGAUACAGUUCGGAGGUGCCAUUCUCUAAUUGUAGUGAGGACUGUGAACCUGGCACAAGAAAGGGAAUCAUCGAUAGUAUGCCCACAUGCUGCUUUGAGUGCACCGAAUGCUCAGAUGGAGAAUACAGUAAUCAUGGAGAUGCCAGUGUUUGCACCAAGUGUCCAAAUAACUCCUGGUCGAAUGGAAACCACACUUUCUGUUUCUUAAAGGAAAUCGAGUUUCUCUCAUGGACAGAGCCAUUUGGAAUAGCUUUGGCCAUAUGUGCUGUGUUGGGUGUUGUCUUAACCGCUUUUGUAAUGGGAGUCUUUGUCAAAUUUCGCAACACUCCAAUAGUGAAGGCCACAAAUCGAGAACUGUCCUAUGUCCUAUUGUUCUCACUUAUUUGUUGCUUCGCCAGCUCUCUAAUUUUUAUUGGAGAACCACAGGACUGGACCUGUUGUUUACGUCAGCCUGCCUUUGGAAUUAGUUUUGUUCUUUGUAUCUCCUGCAUCCUUGUAAAAACUAACAGAGUGCUUUUGGUGUUUGAGGCCAAGAUUCCUACAAGUCUUCAUCGUAAAUGGUGGGGAUUAAACCUGCAGUUUCUUCUGGUGUUUCUGUGCACAUUUGUUCAAGUCAUGAUAUGUGUGGUCUGGCUUUACAAUGCGCCUCCUUCUAGCUACAUGAAUCAUGACAUUGAUGAGAUCAUUUUUAUCACAUGCAAUGAGGGGUCUGUGAUGGCUCUUGGGUUUCUCAUUGGGUAUACAUGCCUCUUGGCAGCUAUAUGUUUCUUCUUUGCAUUUAAAUCACGGAAACUUCCAGAAAACUUCACAGAGGCAAAGUUCAUCACUUUUAGCAUGCUUAUAUUCUUUAUUGUUUGGAUCUCUUUCAUCCCUGCAUACUUUAGUACUUACGGCAAGUUUGUUUCAGCUGUGGAGGUCAUUGCUAUACUGGCAUCCAGUUUUGGAAUGCUGGCCUGUAUUUUCUUCAACAAGGUCUACAUCAUCCUCUUCAAACCAUCCAGGAACACCACUGAGGAAGUUCGAUGCAGCACUGCAGCCCAUGCUUUCAAAGUGGCAGCUAAAGCUACGCUAAAGCAUAACACAACAUCAAGGAAAAAGUCCAGCAGCAUUGAUGGAUCUUCUGACUCGACUCCAUCUUCUUCCAUUAGCCUCAAAACCAACAGCAAUGACUGUGACACAUCUUCUGGCAAGAAUAGGCCAAGGGUGAGCUUUGGCAGUGGAACAGUUACUCUGUCUUUGAGCUUUGAGGAGUCCAGAAGUAGUACUCUGAUGUAA